AUGUUGUUCGCAGACUCUGGAUCUGAAAGCGGGUCGCACAAAGCUGGCGUGGGUGGUACUCGAGGAUCGGGCGGCCAUAAAAGCGGCGGCGGUUCUGACGGCAAACCAACCAGAGUCCGCACUGUUCUAAACGAGAAACAGCUUCACACACUGAGGACUUGCUACGCCGCGAAUCCGCGGCCGGACGCGCUGAUGAAGGAACAAUUGGUCGAGAUGACCGGCUUGAGUCCACGUGUGAUCAGGGUAUGGUUCCAGAACAAACGGUGCAAAGACAAGAAGAAAACCAUCGCCAUGAAGCAACAGAUGCAGGAGAAGCCACAAUUUAACGAACGAAGGUGUUUUAUGUCGCAGGAUGGCCGUAAAUUAGGCUUUGGCGGAAUGCAUGGAAUUCCCAUGGUGGCUAGUAGUCCCGUGAGACACGAGAGCUCCAUAGGAAUAACACCGCUAGAAGUUCAAGCUUAUCAACCACCGUGGAAAGCACUUUCAGAUUUCGCCUUACAUACCGAUUUGGACAGGCUAGAUCCCAACACCCCUUCUUUUCAUCAUCUGGUAUCACAGAUGCACGGUUACGAUCUCCACAGCGGACCACCACAAUUACCACCGCCAGGGAUGCUCGGUGGGCCAAUGAAUGACGGUGGAGGCGGCGGGGGUGGUGGUUCUUUACCAGCCCCUGGACCACACCAUCCGAAUAGCGGCGGCCCAGACAUGGGCCAACACCCCGACAGCACGGAUAGCUAUGUAACUUAUCUGGAAAGUGACAGUGACUCUCUUCAUCACGAUACAGGAAGUCCAUAG